CGGAGGAAUUUGAAUGUUGCACAAUUUGGCAGCCGUAUCGAUGGAGGAGCACGAAGUACAAGUGGGCACAGUUUUAUCAUAAAUAUCGCGUUUAAAUAACAAUUGCACUUAAAUAAAUUGUAUGCUUCACAUCGGCACAACACGAAACCAAUAUAUCAACUGUAACAGCGUUGGAGUUUGAGCCAUGACAGCGUUGUCGGAGGAGGUGCUGCUGGUGGUGAAGAAGGUCCGACAGAGGAAGCAGGAUGGAACCCUAUACCUGAUGGCAGAGAGGAUAGCCUGGGGACCAGAGGGGAAAGACCGUUUCACCGUCAGCCACCUGUAUGCUGAUAUACGUUGUCAGAAGAUCAGCCCAGAUGGCAAGGCCAAAAUUCAGCUGCAGUUGGUCCUACACACAGGGGAGAGCACCAACCUCCACUUUUCCAACGAGAGCACUGCCCUGAAAGACCGCGAUGCAGCCAAGGACCUCCUUCAGCAGCUGCUGCCCAAGUUCAAGAAGAGGGCGAACAAGGAACUGGAGGAGAAGAACAGAAUGUUACAGGAAGAUCCGGUGUUAUUCCAGCUGUACAAGGAUCUGGUGGUGUGUCAGGUGAUCAGCGCUGAGGAGUUCUGGGCCAAUCGGCUGAGCAUAAACAACGUGGACCACUCCCUCUCUAACAACAAGCAGGAAGUUGGCAUCUCGGCAGCCUUCCUGGCGGACAUCCGGCCCCAGACAGAUGGCUGCAACGGCCUGAGAUACAACCUUACCUCUGACAUCAUCGAGUCCAUCUUCAGAACGUACCCUGCAGUGAAACAGAAGUACGGUGAGAACGUUCCUCAUGACAUGACAGAGAAGGAGUUCUGGACGCGGUUCUUCCAGUCCCACUACUUCCACCGAGACCGCAUCAACACGGGCCUGCAGGACAUCUUCUCCGAGUGUGCAAAGCAGGACGAGAAGGGCCUGAAGUCCAUGGUGUUCCAAGGAGUGAAGAACCCAAUGGUGGAUCUGUUGUCACUGGAGGACAAGUCGUUAGAUGAGGGUUAUGGGUCUAACUCCACAGGGCCUUCUACGUCCAACACUAACAAGACAGUGAAGGAGAACAGUAACUCUGCCAUAAUCAAGAGGUUCAACCACCACAGUACCAUGGUGCUGGCAGCAGGCUCCGGAAAGAAAGCGGAUGCUCCUAACGGUCAGGCCUGUGAGACUAGCAGUACAGAUGGAAACUCUAGGGAUUCAGACUUAUUCCAACCACCCAUUAAGAAGGUGAAAAUACAAGAUGUCAUAGAGUAUGAGGACCUUCAUAGGGAGAAUGGGAAGAAGACAGUCGCUCUGAACCUCAAGAAGUCUGACAGGUACUCUCAUGGUCCCGUGCCUCUCCUGCCCCAACAGUACACCACCAGUCAAGACAUCGUCAACUCUGUCAACUGUAUAAAGCAUGAAAUAGCCAGCUACAGGCCCUGCCUUACUCAGGUGAUGUCCAGCAGCACAGCCAGUUCUGCCAUCGCUGCCCUCUCCCCAGGGGGCGUUCUCAUGCAGGCAUUAGCACAGCAAGCCAUUAACCAGAUGGUUCCCAACGACGUUCAGGAGGAGCUGAAGCAUCUGUACACGGCUGCUGGGGAGCUGCUGAGACACUUCUGGUCCUGUUUUCCUGUCAACACACCUUUCCUGGAAGAGAAGGUGGUAAAGAUGAGGUCCAACCUGGAGAGAUUCCAGAUGACCAAGCUCCGCCCCUUCCAGGAGAAAGUCCAGCGUCAAUACCUGAGUACUAACCUUACUGGUCACCUUGAGGACAUGUUUCAGAUGGCCUACAAUAAAUUCCACGCCUGGCAAACACGUCGGAUGAUGAGGAAAACCUGAGAGGGGAGAAACGCAUGGCUUUAUCAGAGAGAAUGGAAAGAAGAGCAAGAUGACAAAGAAUGAAUGAACGAGUACAAGAUGGAUGGACAGACCUUAUUCUACCUACCAGGCUGUUGUGACAGAGGAGAGACAGACGGCGUAGACGGCACCCCCAGGGGUGAGAUGAAGAUUCAGACGGGUGCUGCUGUUAGCCUGCUAACACCCCACAGGUCCAGCAGACAGACUGACACACUCACUGGGUCUCAAUCACAAAUUACUCUUAUUAGUUUCUUUGUUUCUUUGCGUUUUCCUCCGUGAAUGGGAUUCAUGGGAAGAUGUUGGGGUCAUGACUCUCCGCUAUAAGGUUUGAACAAACAUAGGCAAGCUUUUUUUUAUUUUAAAUUUGUAUAAAACGACCAAACUUCAGACAGGAAGUCAAAAAAGGAACUCAGGAACUGAACAGACUAUGUUAAAUAACAAUUCAUUUUUAUAAGCAAAAGGACUGUGUGAUGUGAAGCUUAACUUAAUGUGAGAUGCUCUCAGUACAGAGACUGAAAGAUGGAGAGCUCAGCACAGAUACCACGCCCUUUCUCCAGUCCUCCCAGGCCUUUUCCCGGGAGCUGAGAACCGGGCCCAGGGAACCUGUCUGUACAGUGGAGGCUGGCUGGCAGGCAGGCAACUGAAUAUAGCAAUACUGUAAAGACAUUUGUCUACCGUAUGGCUACGUCCCAUAGGGCACACCUAUUCCCUAGAUGGUGCACAGCAUUUGACAAGGGCCCUCGGAGCCCAAUUGGCCCUGGGUCAAAAGUAGUGCACUGUAUAGGGAAUAGGGUGCUAUUUGAGAUGGUGACUCUGCCCCCAAUCACACUUUAAAACUGCACUGGUAUGUAAUGUCUGUUCUGUUUCUAGCUGCACUGAAGACAAACUGUCUGGAUGUUACUCAAACAUUAAAGUGAAAUAUAUUAA